CGCGUAAAGCGGUAGCCGAGAAGCCACGCAUGAGGCAAGCCGCUAAUAUUUACAAGCUACUUUCCUGACAAACAUAGCUAUUGUUUGUGAGGUGCACGUUGCCAGAACACUUCCACUGACAGAAUUAAGUAUUUCUGUCGGCAAGGGCUUUUGAAAACAGUAAAUCACUGGUUCAUAUGCCCGCGAGCCUGACUCCUCUCUUCAAUGGCUACCUCUGGCUCCUGCACCACUGUGGCUGAGGGGUUUCACUAUGAGACCAAGUAUGUCCUCCUCUGUUACCUCGGCCUGCCCACAACCUCUCACUCAAGGCCCACAGAAGCAGCUGGACAUGUUACCCAGGAAACGGACGUGACCAGGAUCGGCAGAAUGAAGCAGCAGAUUGAAGAGGAGCUGAAGAAGCUCGAGGAGGAAAUCACUUCUUCUUUCCCCAGGACAGGCUUUGAUCGGCACACAUCUCCAGUCUUCAGCCCAGCUAACCCAGAGAGCUCUGUAGAGGACAGUCUGGCUGUGCUAGGGGACCGCGUUGCGCGGGACUUGGACACACACCUGGCCUCUGCCACACACACACUUCUCAGUGGACAGCUGGACUAUGAAGAAUUCAGAGAGGUGGUGCAGGAGCUCUCCUCUCACUCCCAGGGAGGCUGGAGCAAGGUGCUGGUGCCCCUACUGCUGCUGCAGGCUCUCCAGGGCAGGGGGCAGUGCCUGGCCUCACUGCUGGCCCUGGGCGUGCGGUACCUGGAGGAGACAGAGGCGGACUUCAUCAUCCAGCAGGGGGGAUGGAGUGCAGUGUUUAAACUAGAGGAUGUGGAGGACCCUGGAGUGAUCAUCGCUGAAGACAGUAACGAUAUCUACAUCCUGUCAGGGGAGCAGGCCCCAGACUUGCUGAGCGCCCCAGAGUCGCCGCUGACUGUGGCAGAGAGCAGUGGCCUGGCCUCCUGGCAGUCGGAGAGCUUGCCCAUGUCUCUGAGCAGCCACGACUCCUGGGCUCAGGUUGCCGCGAUGGAGCCAGAGGACGCCAAGACUCUGGACAGUGCUGAGGCAGUAACCCUGGCUGAGGAGCGAAGCGAGAAUAACUCCUCCAACUCGGACAUUGUGCACGUGGAGCGGGAGGAGGUAGAGAUUUUAGAGGAGGGUGGGGAGCCUACAGAGGAGAGAGAGCUGCAAGAAAGUCUGCUCAGUGUGUUGGGCAGCGAGAGUGGACUAAUGGACCUCAGUGCAGAGCUGAAAGAAGCAGCCCUGCCUCCAGCAAAACAGGUUACACCAGCAACAGUGUGGACAAUGCCCAUAGAAGAGCUGGUUGUCAUCACGGAGCCGUCUGCUAGUCUGCCUGCUACUGUUCCAACUGUUGCUUUAGAACGGGAAAGCAAAGCCCCUCUGGUUCCACCUGCUGCUGUUUUCCGAGUGCCUGAUCCUGAACCUGAGCCUCACCCAGCUCAGCCAGUACAUCAUCUGGCUCCUGUGGAGCCGCAGCUUACAAGCAAAGUUCAAGAGCCUACCUGUGCUGAACCUGAGCCAGUUGUGGCCCCCUCCAUGCAGGAGCUUCCAUCACAGGAGCUGAAGUCACAGGCUGUGCAGGUGACCCCUGUUUUAGCACAGCAGCCUACUGUCACCCCUCUGGCUGCAGCCACUGAGCAGACAGAGCCUGCAGGAAAGCCCAAGUCCUCUGAGCUGCCGGUGCUGCUAUAUGGUGGUGCUGCUCUAGUGGCCAUUGCUGCAUUGCUGGCUUAUGGCGCAUUAACAUACAGGAAGAAGUAACAAGCAGACAACUUACCCAUGACUUUAUAUCUCUUAUGACUCAAUAUCAGAAACCUGGGCCACCAUGCAGCCAAAAGCUGCAUGCGGAGGAAAUUGCAUCAAGCAAUUCAUUCCCCCCCUCCCCCCAUCUUGGUUUGUUAUUGUAGCUUUCAUUGUUUCUUGUUAGUUUGUUGCACAGUAGUACUGUACAACAAAUGUAGCUUUUGUUUUCCUUUUAGGUACGUUUCAGUGGUGACAGACUUUAGAUUCUGCAAGGCUUUUUCUGCAACUUUUUUUUUUUUUUUUUCUAGAUUUUAGAAGGCGGCAAGCAUUAUCCAAGGGAAAUAAAAGUUUGUGUCUUGAAAGCAAAGUACUUGCCAAUCGAAAAUGGAACAACUCAGAUUGUCUACUUUGAAUGAUUUGAUAAAGCUGAAAUGUUUAGACUUAGUUUUAAGAACCUAUGUGACUUUUUAUUUUACCUGGCAUAUCACAAUGGGAAAUUAAGCAGUUUGAAUGUCAUGGGUUAGCCUGCCCCAAUAAAGAUCAUGUUUCAUUGAG